UUUUCCAGGUUCAAUUUAGGUGUAUGUAGUUCUAGUUCAAGUAAUAAUACGCAAAGUGGUGGCUGUUGGUCCGGAAAGGGCCAGGUAUUCUCGCGAAUUGAACUCCUCAGUAUUAAUGGCCGUUCGACUCUGCAAUCGCGUAGAAAACAAAAUUGCGAUCAGUCAAGUUCAGAAUGACGGCGGUACUUCGUAUGUGCUUGAAUAUUUUUUUCCUCGUUCGUCUUCCAAUGGACGUACAAGCUUCGUCAAUAUGCUCGUGUGUUUGCGGUUUAAUGAUGAAUGCGCCAAACACUUAAAUACCUGUCGUACUAAUGUGGCAAAUGAAAAUCACUCGUGAUUACUGAAGGGGUCAAAAUGACUUUAUGAUUUGUUCGAGGUCCUGCCCAUUAGAGCGGGAAAAUUCAGCGGGAAAAACCAACGCAGGUAUAUAAAUGCUCGGGUGUACGAUUAUGGAUAGCCAGUGGCAAUUCCAAAGGGCAACAAACAUGGUGUUCAUGAAGGAAAUCUAUCCCAUUUUCUCCCUCUUACUAAUGUGCUCCGCCCGGAAAUUUGAACGGAGAAGUGCCGUUGAGAAUGGCUCCGUCGAAAGUGACGCUAUUUUCCAGUCAAACAGUCUGCUUGAUCCGAAGGGCUCCAACUUGCAAAAGAGAGACAAAGUCGGUCAAUAUGGGUCAAUUAGCACGCCCAGUUUCCAACGGAUUCCCCAAAACAAUCUUCCUUUUAGCCCUGUGGAUAACAGUUUGAUCGAUUUCUCACAGGCAACCUUAGAUCAGGCCUCCGGGAAGCUUUGUGUGACGCGAUUUGAAUCGGUCAAUUCCAUAGAAAAGGAUCCCAUUUUGGAAUGCGACCACAAAGAGCACAGAUCGUGCCAUUUUACCUACGUGACUCAAUUCCAAGCCACUCAAGAAGAGGUCUGCGACGAGAACUUUGAGAAGGUAUGUCAAAUUGUCUUCAAGAAGGCAGCCUUCAACGAGACUGUUCGUAAAUGUUACACCCCUGUGGAUCUUGAAUGCGAUGAGAAGAGCUCCCAACAGUCGAGUUACGGUGCUCCCAAACCGGCUCGACGCCCACAGUCCCGCCCCUCGGAUGACGCCGUCAUUUGCAGGACGGUCAAAGAAACCUUGUGUACGACCCGCUAUGUUAAGAAGGGUGGCAAAUUGGUGGGCGACACCUCAUGCAAGAGCAUUCCUGUCGAGUUAUGUGGCGGAUCCACUUGCAAGACACGCAAUCUACCCGAAGAAUGUCAUGAUAAGGUGGUAGCAUCCAUAGUGGAUAUUCCGGAAGAGACAUGCGAUCUGAAUCCCCAAGAGGUGUGCCGACUUCAGACCAAGCUCAUUCCCAAGCUCACCCCAAUUGAAGAGUGCAAGACUCACCCCAGAGAAGUUUGUCAGAUGAAGUUUACCGAGGCUCGGAGCAAAAAAAAGCCCAUCACCAUCAAGUACUGCCUAAUGAACAACAAUCAGCGACCCACUAGUCCCGGGAUCAUCACCAACUCAUACCCGAAUCGAGCUCCCUCCAAUAGCUAUGGGGGUCCCGUCGUUCAAUCCCCGUCCAGUAGCUACGGAGGACCGGUUCAAUCCUCGUCCAAUACCUUUGUAAAACCCAUUCAGACCUACAAACCUGCGGCAUCUUCCCAAGGCCCCGUGGCCAUCCAACCCGGAAAGGUCUACUACAAGCCAUCCAAUGUUCUCUGAACCUAAAUGUUCACACUUUGUCGACUAUUUGAAUCAAAUACGAAGAAGCUGUUACAAAAUCAAAUCAAAAAUUGUCAAUGAAAUGACCAACGUCAUGUUCUUAAACAAGCCACUCUGAUUAAUUAUUCUUUUGUAUAUGAAGGAAAAUAAGGAAUACAUAUUUGAAAACCCUU